AUGGCAUCGAGCGACACCAGCCGCCCUCUGCUCGAGCUGCCAGGCGAGGUUCGCAAGCGUAUCUGGGAGCGCGUCUUUGCUCAUCAUGUUGUUGAUCUCCCACCCGCUCCUGGCAACUUGAAUGGCGGACUUCCGCAUACUCUCGACCCGGCCGCACCUGCCAUCCUCCUUGUUUGCAAGCAGACUCACGCCGAAGCUAUCGGCGUGUAUUAUCGGCUCAGCGACUUCCGCGCACCCCAUGACUUCCCGCUCAGAAUGUACCUACGCCAACUACCUGUCGCAUACUUCCAUCUCGUGCAGAACAUCAGCAUCGAACUGGGUCGCGCAAUCCCGAACCGACGCCUAAAUGUUCAGUUCAGUACUACCUACAUCGCCAACCUCGCUCAGCGUACUGUUCUGCUCUUGCAGCAAUACCUUCGCGAUGUGGACCAUCCGUCCGCUCGUGACAUUACGGUUAGGGUCAGCACCGAUAGUGCAGGAAAGAUCUUUUCUACAACUCCAUGGGAGACCUAUACGCAAAGUCUUCUUUCAGAGCGCGGUAAGGAUUUUGAUCCUUCAAAGUGGUCAACGGCGUCUUGACUGACAUUCGCUUGCAGCCUCCAAUGACUCAGAUCAAUCGAAUGACAGCCUGGGUGCGCGGGUCGAGGAAGCUCUCGCACAGUCCCGCUUCUUCGAGUACGACCACCGGCGGCCACUUACGUGCUGGAAGUCCAGGUGGCCUUGGUUAA